CGGUUGGCACCAUGCUCUGCAAGGCUCUGGUCCUCUGUUCCCUGUGUGUCUUGGCUGAGGCUUUGCCCUUACCAGACCUAGCUCCUCUAGAUUUGGUCACUUACCUACCUGAAUUGGCCAGCAUUAUAAAUGAGCUCCAUCCUGGUAUAGAUGUAACCAGGCACAAAGAUUUAACAGCUGGAGUAGCUCAGACCUCUGGACCAGAUUUGCCCGGAGGCAUAUUCCAGGAUACACAGACUUUCAAUCCACUCGUGAACCAUGAUCCAACUGUUGGUGACGUCCUGACCUCUGGAUUAGAGUCCACCAAAAACAUAUUCCAGGAGGACACACAGACUGCCAACCCACUCGUGAACCAAGAUCCAACUGUUGGUGAUGUCCUGACCUCUGGAUUAGAGUCUACCAGAAACAUAUUCCAGGAGGACACACAGACUGCCAACCCACUCGUGAACCAAGAUCCAACUGUUGGUGAUGUCCAGACCUCUGGAUUAGAGUCCACCGGAAGUAUACUCCAGGAGGACACACAGACUGCCAAGUUCCCUACUGCCUUGGUGUUGGACGUGUCUCCCUUUGACUCAGUGGAAGAAACCAAUGAGGCUGCAGAAAAAGAAACAACAUCUACAGCAAACGGGGCUACUUAUCUGUUAUCCUCCAGUUACUGAGAAGAAACAAAUGUUUGAAGACACUACCACAUGCUACAAGAGAAUUCACAAUUGUAGAGAAGUAGUGAAAAUUAGAUGUACACAGCUGAGAGAAACAUCAAGACUCUGAUCUUGGAUGAGGGCUGUGUAUUGUACUUGCAGAGAG